UCUAAAAGCAAGUUUCUGUUAUUGGGUCCUUGGCUUCCCUAUCUCAUGCGAGUGGUAGUUUACUCAUUGAAGUUUCACUUGCAGCUGCCCUGUGGUAGGCAGGAUAGGAUGACCCACAGGAAGUCAUGGUGACUACACAUAGCUGAAAGUGAUUGUCCCACUACUCUUCAGAUCAGGUCAGACUCUUCGGUGGACAUGGUUUUAAGGAAUGAUGGUGAGAAGGAGCUCUCACCUCCCAUUUGGUGCAGUUCUAAAGGGAUGCAAAGCACUAAAGAUUGUGUUAAUACACCAGAAGGAGCAACUGCAUGGUUUGGCCCGAAUCCCCCACAGAAAAAUAUCAUCCAACUAGACCACACAGACAAUCUGAAGACCUUCCUGAAGGGGGAGCCCCAAGUAUUGGGGGUGGCUCAGAUCCUGAUUGGUUUGAUGAAAGUGUGCCUAUUUGCUAUAGGUCUGCAUUUUCGUUCUUCUGACUCUUCCCAUUGGUGUUAUUCCCCAGCCAUGAGCUCAGGAUAUCUUAUAUGGGGAUCCUUAUUUUUCUUUGUGUCUGGAGCUGUGUCUAUUGCUGCUAGAAGAAACAUGACAUUAAACCUGGGAGGAAGAGCGUGGAACAGAAGGACGCAGGCGACACUGAUUAUUCUCUUCCAGAUCAAAGGCAGCCUGGGAGUGAACAUACUCAGUGCUGUGGUUGGGGGAGUAGGGAUAAUCUUGUCAACAGUAGGACUGACUAUGGUACAUGAAUUGGAAAAAAGUUGUCUUAUUCUUAGGGCACUUGAGAUUGGGCUACUAGUCCUCUCCCUGCUGGAAGUCAGCAUCGCUAUCUCUCUCUCUGUGUUUGGGUGCAAGGUGACCUGCUUUGUCACACAGGUGGUGGUUAUUCAGCCAAACAAUGACAAGGUGCCCUCGGUAAUGGCCCCUUAUGAACAUAUUUAUGAGGACCUGGAGUUUUAACAGGAUAGUUCCUGCUUUUAGAAAAAUUAUUCAUUGAGUAUCACUAGGUCAAUAAUAACCUGCCCGCCCGAAAGCAGUCACAUUUGUGCAUGGGAACAUAGUUAUUACAAAACCAAAUAAAAUACAUUUUUCCCUCUAUUA